AUGGGUAUUCUGUACAGCGCGAAAGAAGAAAAUACGAAAUGCUUUCAUCAUGGAUACAUGCUAGAUGCACAUGUCAAUCUAAAUGACGAUUCAGAAUUAUUCACCUGCGUAUUUUUGAAAAAAGGUGAAAGACGACUCAUACGAAAGAUGAAUAAAAGCGUCUUACAAGGAGCUACGCUUGACAACUUACUUAAAUUGAGAACCCUGACAUAUGAGAGUGUAUAUAAUACCUCAAGAUAUGUGUUAAAAAUUUACAAUGUUUUUGCGGAUAACAAUUUUGCCUACGUCAUUUCGGAGUGCUGCACGGGAGGUUUCUUUUUUGAUGUUCUGAAGGAUAACGACUUCAUCAUCAGUGAGAGGCAGCUAGCCGAAUGGUUUUACCAGAUAAUAAGUGCUCUUCGUUUUUUAGAAAAAAAUGAAAUUUAUCAUGGCAAUGUGAAUGGGUAUUGUAUACAUUUUAAGGAUAACAGAAAGGAACAAAUAAUAUUAAGUUUGUUAAGUAAAAAUAAAAAAUAUGAUAAUAUUGACAAAAAAGGAGAUUUAUAUGGAUUGUUUUUUAUUAGGUCACCUCAAGAAAUUAGAAAAAUGUAUUAUGAUAAAAAUAAUUCUUGGUAUGUUGGUACUUUAUUAUAUUUUUUAUUGUUUGGAAAUUAUCCAUUUUUACACAAUAACGUUUUAAAAAAUUAUUUUAAAAUUGUUAAUGAGAAUAUAUCCUUUGUUACUUUAAAGGCACAAUAUAAUUAUCUUAGUAUUCAUAUUUAUGAUUUUCUCAGCAAAACUUUAGAAAAAAAUUAUGAGCUACGUUUAACCCUCGAGGAGCUCCUUUCCCAUCCUUGGUUGAGAGAGAGGGAGAGACAUUCGACCCAAAAUAUCGUGGACAACAAUACGAGAAAAGCUGCUCAAAACUUGUUAGUAUCACUGGAGAAUUAUGUGCUUAAAGUUGAGGAGGACGAAGAUGAAUAA